GUGGUGGUUCGUGUGAGAAACGCAUCGCACGCCACUUGGCUCGCCCGCUUCCGACGACCACUUACGCACUACCGAGUAGCAUGGGGGAUGGGCACGGCGACGACGACCUCGACCGCGAAGUGCACUUGACGCUCGCGACGCUGCAAGGCCAAGGACAGGGCACCGAGGAAGACAAGGCGAUGACCGAAGCGCUGCUGGAAGGCGCGACCCGCGUCUCGAUCGCGACGAUCCUGCGCCGACGCGCGUCCAUUGGUGACGCUGACGCGCUGGCCGCAACCCUUCCUCCUCCACGCAGCAUGGCCGAGCCGGGCCUAUGCAAGCCACUCGACUUCUCCGAUACGACGUCCGAGUACUCGGAGAUCUCGUGGGCCACGGACGACAGCUUUGCCAUGUCGUCGACGACCGACGACUUUAAGCAGUCGCCCAAAGCUGCCGACCCGCCGAAGCGAACGACCAAGACCACGAGCCGCAUCGGGACAGUCGCCCGCGGCGGGUCGUCGGCGAUUCCCGUCCGGGACACGAACGCGUCGCGGUCGCGCGCUAGCACCACGACGGCGCGCGCGGCCGCAGCCUCGACCACAGCCUCGACGAAGUCGCGUGAGCAGCGCCAGUCGCUUCCUGUAGGCACGACGCGCACGUCACUGCUGCGCGCGCCGACGGCCAUCGCCGCCAUCGCGCCACCUGCGGCCGCGGCCCGCGCGACGCCGCCGUCGUCCUUGCCAUCCGCCGUUCCUCGUAGUGCCUCUGUCCGUGCGCGCACGAUGACUAAAGCAUCUCCUAAAGGCACGGCGGCAACGUCCUCGUCGACAUCGUCUUCGGCGGCGGCCAAGCGCGGGUCGAUCGCGGCUGCUGUCGACCUCGCCUUCUCCAAGGAGCCCGCGCCGGCCAAGACCCCCAGUGCGCGCCAGCCGCGCAUGAGUCUUCCGUCGCGUCUUGUGCCACCGAGCGUCGUGCUCACCGAGCCGCCGCCACCGCCGACCGUGCUGCCACCACCGACGCCCGCGCCAUUGCCGUCGCCGCCCGUGCUCACGCGCGCCUUCUCAAGCUCGGGCAACGACUCGCACGACGCCAACACGGUCCGCCAUGCGUACAAGUCGAUCUUUACGACCGAGAAGGAGAUCGAAGAGGCGCUCGCGUCCGUCGUCCCGCGGUCGAUGGACCCCAAGGUGCGCCUCGAGUCGCAGGACAAGUACAUUCGCCGGCUCAAGUGCCGGCUCCGCGACUUGCACAUGCAAAAGGAAUCGUUUGCAUCGACGUGCCAGGCCAUCGAGCGGGACUUGACCAACGUCCACGCCGAGGCCGCGCAGGCGUUUGCUGCACUGCGCCAGGAUGAGCCCAAAGCCGGCGAGCCAAGUGGCCCCGAGUCUUCCUUGUCGUCCACGACGCCGUCGGUGCUCGAGCACGAUGAGAACGACCCGGUCAUCAAGACGCUCGACUCGUCGAUGCAAGAGUUUGUCCGCACGGCCAUGGAGCGCAACACGCAAAACAUCGUGGCCAAGUACCAGGCGCAGUGGCUCGAGAAGGAGAAGGCGCACGAGCUCCACUUGGCGCAGCUCCGCGAGCACUACACGGCGCAAGUGUCCAAAGUGACGCACGACGCGUGGGCGACCGUCGCGACGCAAGCGAGUCAGCGCAAAGCGCUCGAGGCCGACAGGACGCAGCUCGAACUGCAAUGGACGCAGCUGCAAAUCGACCACACGGCCGUCAAGAAGGAACUGGCCGAUCUCCAGGAAAAAUGGCGCCUCCAAGACGAAGAAAACACGACCGCCAAGUCGUUUUGGCAAAAGUCGACCGACAUGAUCAAGGAGAACCGGCGGCUGACGGAGGAAAUCGUGCACGUGUCGUCGCAGCUCGCCAAGGCCAACGAAGUCGUGGCGUCCAAAGAGAAGGACACGGCGGGCCUCCACGAGACCGUGCAUGCCCUCGAGGCCAAGCUCGCCGAAAUCGAUGUCGAGCGGCAUGCGUGGACCGACCAAGUCACGUCGCUCAAGGCGUCACUGGCCGAGGAAAAGUCCCGCCGUGAGCACUUCCAGCUCGCCCAAGACCAGCUCGCGUCCGACAACACGGCCUUGUACGCGCAAAUGGUGGCUGUUCAAACGGGCUGCGAAGCGCGGCUGCAAGAGAUGAAGGCGGCGUAUGAGAAGAAGAUGCACUCGGUCGGCGAAGAGAUGCGCAUGCUGCAGACCGAAAACCGUGUCCUCUCGCGGGUCUCGACGUCCGAAGCGAUCGCACGGCGCGAGGCCCUGGCGUCGGCGACGCCCACAGCGCCCAUCGUCGUGCGGUCGGCGGUCGACGACUCGGAGUUCAAAAAACUCACCGAAGACUUUUUCGAGGCGCGGACGCAGCUGGCGGCGCAGACGUCGCUGGUCGUUGAGCUCGAGCGUCAAGUCCACGAUGGCAACAUUUUGCGGCGUCAAAUGCACAACACGAUCCAAGAGCUGCGAGGCAACGUCCGCGUGCACGUGCGCUUGCGUCCGUUCUUGCCGUCGGACGGCGACUAUGCCAAGCUCAAGACGAGCUGGGUCGUGGACGAGGAGACAUCGGUGAUCUCGUCGACGGCCAAGAGCAUGCGCUUCUCGUUCGACAAGCUUUUUGGCCAAACGCACGGCCAAGACGAUGUCUUUGGCGAAGUCUCGGACUUUAUCCAGUCGGCGAUCGACGGCUACCACGUGUGCAUCUUUGCGUACGGCCAAACGGGCUCGGGCAAGACGUAUACGAUGCAAGGCGGCCGGCGCCCCGAGAUGCGUGGGAUCAUUCCGCGCUCGAUGAACCUCGUACGUUUGCCAUAGUGUUAUGUUGUAGGCUCAUAAGACGAAUGCUGCUAGAUCAUGGGCUGCUGCGCGACGCUGCUGGACCAAGGCUGGGAGUACACGCUCGAGGUGACGUACAUGGAGAUCUACAACGAGACGAUCCGCGACCUCCUUGCCGAGUCGGUGCAAAAGUACACGAUUCGCACCGACAAGAACGGCAAAAACUACGUCGACGGCCUUCUUCGGUACCCGAUUUCGCUCACAGACGGCCGCGGGCUCGACCAGAUCGAGGACAUUAUGGAGCGUGCGGCGUGCAACCGGUCGGUGGAGAAGACCGACAUGAACGCCGAGUCGUCGCGGUCGCACUCGAUCUUUACGCUGCAUUUACGCGGCAGCAAGCGCGACGACGACGGCAGCGAAGUCGAGCUCCUCGGCAGUCUCAGUCUUGUGGACCUCGCGGGCAGCGAGCGGCUCUCGCGCUCGGGCGCGACCGGCGACCGGCUCAAGGAAGCCCAAGCGAUCAACAAGAGUCUGAGCUCGCUCGCCGACGUCUUUAGCGCAAUCGCCAAGAAGCAAAACCACAUUCCGUACCGCAACAGCAAGCUCACGUACGUGCUGCAGCCCGCGCUCUCGGGCGACGGCAAGACGCUCAUGAUGGUCAACUUAAGUCCGACGGACGCCAGCAUUGACGAGUCGCUCUGCUCGCUCCGGUUCGCGACCCAAGUCAACCAGUGCGAGCUCGGCGCGGCCGGUCGCCAAGUGACAAAGCGGGAAGCGCGGCCGGAAAUGGACAUUGGGAACCAAACCGGGCCGUCGACGCCACCGAAAGGCAAGGGCCCGCGGCUCUCGCUGCCGUCGUCCGCGUCCAUCAAGGCGCUGCGCAAGCCGACGGGCCGCGCGAUCGACGCCAGCUGAUCGACAAUGUCAGUUGCAGUAUUUAUGCGUAUACCUCAUUUUGUGCUCAAUAUGACAGUUUCUUGCAGUCUCGUUUGGACAAGUUGACA